AUUUAUUGAUGUAAGCGCCGAAAAUCCACAACAAUGAAAAUGGCCUCUCAGCUGUCUGUUAUCAUUGUUUAAGGUGGCCAGUGCCGGUUACUCCGCCCUCAAUCAACCCGUGCCACGUCGGUGGCAGAGCGGCAUACAGCACCUCACGAAAAUGAUGAAUCUGAAAAAACUGAAGAGGCGACUGUCCUUGACCUUCAAAGGAAGCCGAGGAAUUGAAACCAGUCUGUCUGAUCUGGCGGAACAGAUGACAAUAGAGGACACAAAUGGAAUCACCAAGGAGGCAAAUCCAGGUGUGAUAACAGAGUCUCAGUCGCACUCCCGGAUACAGAUCCAGCUCGGUGCUGAUGAGGAUGACCUCCCAAACCGGGAUGAGAAGUUGGACUACGUGUCCCCUGUCCGCAUGAGGAACAGACGCAGAUUCAGUGAGGAGGUGACAAAGCGUCUCUCGUUGCCAGCAGAUAUCCGGAUUCCAAGUCACUUCCUGUCCAGGCAGAGUCUCACCCCAGAAGGACAGCUUAGCAGACGGUCACGGAGAAAAUCUUUGUCGGAAAUUGGAUUUGGAAAGAUAGAGUCCUAUACAAAACUAGAUAAGCUCGGAGAGGGCACGUAUGCUACUGUGUUCAAAGGGAAGAGUCGACUGACAGACAAUCUGGUGGCCUUGAAGGAAAUACGACUAGAACAUGAAGAAGGCGCACCUUGCACCGCUAUUCGUGAAGUGUCGCUAUUGCGGGAACUCAAACAUGCAAAUAUCGUCACACUGCACGAUAUCGUCCACACAGAAAAGUCUCUCACCCUAGUCUUUGAAUAUCUUGAGAAAGAUUUGAAGCAGUAUAUGGAUGACUGCGGCAACAUUCUGAGCAUGACAAACGUCAAGAUAUUCCUCUACCAGCUCCUACGAGGUCUGGCCUACUGCCACAAGCGUCAGGUGCUGCAUCGUGACCUAAAACCACAGAACCUGCUCAUCAACGAGCGAGGGGAACUGAAACUGGCGGACUUUGGUUUGGCACGGGCCAAGUCUAUACCAACGAAGACAUAUUCCAAUGAAGUUGUAACUUUAUGGUAUCGCCCACCAGAUGUUUUGCUAGGUUCCACAGAAUACGGAACACCCAUAGAUAUGUGGGGUGUUGGGUGCAUAUUUUACGAGAUGGCGUGUGGACGGCCGUUGUUUCCCGGAUCAACGGUUGAAGACGAGCUGCAUUUAAUAUUCAAGACUCUCGGCACACCGGACGACUCUGUUUAUCCAAACCUCUCUCAAAAUGAUGAGUUCAGGGAAUACCACAUACCCUUGUAUCGCGCAGAACCUCUUAUAAAUAUAGCACCACGAUUGGACGGGGAUGGUUUAGAUUUGCUGUCAAAACUUUUACAGUACCAAGCCAAAAUGAGAAUAUCAGCAGCAGAUGGAACGAGACACGCAUUCUUCAACUCUUUGGGACCCAGUGUACAUAGACUGCCAGAUACUGUUUCCAUAUUCACCAUACAGGGGAUUGGAUUGCACAAAGACCCUGGACUGAGGUCCUCCACUCUCAACACUUCAGGUAAAAUUCGACGCCAAAGUAUGCUGUUUUAAACAGUGGACCAAAUUGUAAAAAGGAAAUGGGAGAUAACUCGGAGAGACUGGAAGUAGUGGCACUUCUUAUACCUCUUAGAAGGAUAACUCUUGUUUGCGAUGAAACGAGGUCUGAUUUUUUUUAAGUAAGCAGCAAAAUCAAUUGUGUGGUGUUUACAACAUUAUGUCAAUGCAAUAUUUAAAGAGAUGUUACAUCUACAGUGGUAGGUUUUACUUUGUUGGGUCAAAUGAGGUGAAAAGUAAUUUGAGAUUCCCUAAGAUUGGACUGCUUGAGCAUUGAAAAGCUUCAUGUAAAUUUUAAUUCAAGGUAUUACGAAGCGAACGUAAUAUUUAAACAGUAUAUGUAGGAAAUUAAUUGCUAUGGGUAAACUAUGUCCAAAUCAUCAUAUUUAUUGUAUUGUUGGAAACAAAUAGAUCACUGAAGUAGUUGCUAUAGUAAUGUUUUUCUUAAACUGGUGCUGUGUUGUUGGUUUUUGUGAAAUGUUUUUACUGCCGUGUUAAAAGCAGGGCAAGGGGAAAAUGUUUGUGGCUUUUCAAAAAGGGGCCUUAAUUAAGGGGUAUUCUGCAUACAGAAAUUCCCCUUUGACAUGUGAUAGUAUAGAUUCAGAAAUCUCCAAAAAGUGGUUGGUUGAUGAGUGUUUUGUAACAGUUUUGGAUGUACUUGAAUUACCUUCCUGUCAUUUUAGCAGGUCAGAGAUAUCUUGAAUAUUUAUGUAUUUUGUACAAAACAAUAUAUUAAACUUUAGUUCGGCAAUCAUUUUAUGGAGAAACUUGUGUAAUUAAUUUUUAUAACAUUGUAAUAAAUCAAUAAAAUCACUUGCUGACAAUUUGCACUGUCAAAAUUGUAUCAAUUAAUAUUGUAAUUAGUAUCAUCUUCCAAAAUUAUUUUUGUAAGGAUACUUGUUUUUUGUGGAGAUUAUUCAAGAUGCAAAUUAUAAAUAGAAUUCUGAUCAAAGCUAAAAAAAAUCCAAUUUUUCACAUAAAUCAAUGAUCAUUAUGUUUUUAAUUCCAAUCUCUGCACCUUUAAUGUUUAGUGUUUUUGUGUUUUCUUUUAAAGAAUAAGUGAAGCAAUUUAAAAAGGACAUACUUGUAUAUAUGCAUUGCAUUCUUAUGUGAAAUUUGUGUUGCAAAAGCAUAUGGGCAUUUAGAGUUGUGUUGGUGUUAUUUUGCAGAAUUUCAUAAGUAAACAAUUAUUCUAUAUUGUUAAAAGAUUGAACAAAACUUUAAGCAAAAAAUAUUCUUAAAACUCAAGUUGUGAAAUUGAAAAUAGAUGAUAUUGAUUCAGUGUUGAUAGUGUAAAUUAUAAAUAUUUUGUCUUAAUACAUGUAUAUUGUCUGCACAAUUAUUUGCUUGCUUUAUUUCUAAACUUUGUAAACAUACAAUGAUUUGUGUGCAUAUUUUUUCCCCCAUAUUUUUUAUACAUAUUUAUUUCUGGAUGCUGAUGCGUACAAUGAAAUUAUUGUGUUGCCAUAACUAUAUUUUUAAGAUACCAAAUAAUAUUUUUGUAUGUGUAACAACAUAAUUGAUGCAAACAGCCUUUUUCCUCCUUAUAAAGCCGGUACCAGAAAACAGUACCAAUGCCCAUCCAAUUUUCUGACUUUCGAAUCUGUAGGUUAAAAUUACUCAAAUCGGAGAAAAAAAGAUCCUCAAGAUUACUUAAAAUACGGACGGUGUGUACUUUUAUUUAUCUUUUAGCAUCUCAUUCAAUUCAAAUAAGUUCCUUUACAGACCUUGGCUAGGUUUAGUAACUGUGUUUGUUUGGUUCUGCUAUGUAUUUGUUCCCUGUACAUUUCAUAGUAUGUGAAUACAUUGUGUGCAAGAAAGGGAACCAGCUUGUACCAUGUUCUCUCAGUGUCAGCAAACAUGGCAUACAAUUACAUAAAUGCUACCAUAAAUCCUUGAGGAUGUGAUACGAUUCCCUUGUUAAAAAAGACGCUUAUUUUCCAAAUUUGAUCGGUACCUGUGUAUUCCUUAAACUGAUGAGGAAAAACGCUGCAGAUGAAAACAGACAUAGUUUAUCAGUGCUUUAAUGAAACCACUAACUUUGUGUUAAAAUACAUUUUGGGAAAUACUUUCAUUACUAAUUUUGCUCAGCAAUGUUUUGUGAAUAUUCAAAUAUGUGCAAAUCUGGAAUUGAAGAUUAGCAAACUGGGAAAUUAACGUUCACAAGCAUUUAGCUAUAUUAUUUAAUAAAUUAUUAGAUAAGCAAAUUUAACUUUUAUCAUGGGUUAAGUCAAUUUCAACAAAUAUAAUAUGAAUUUAGAAUUUUUAUUGCUGAUCAGAAAAUUUGGAUUUUUAAUGAUGUAUAAUAACAUUUUAAUUUGUUAUUGUUCAUUGAAAGAUUUUGGAUUGUUAGAUGUGUCAACAACAAAAUGUGCAUUUAUUAUUUUGGAUAAGCAAAUUUGUAAUUGUUUUAUGCACUAACAAAACAGUGAUUUUGGUUUAUGAAACUUUUAAGAGGCAAUUUAUUUGUUCCAUAUUGUAUAAUAGUGUCAAUGCUAGUCAGUCUUAAGAUAGUGUGAUGGAACUAUCUUUAAAAUAAUAAUCAUUGCAUAAUUAUUAAGCAUUAUUUUCUCUGGCCAACAGGCGUAGGGUAAUAGAGAUGGAACGCUGCCAUAUUUGUGUCCUUCUUGUCCACCACUCUCGACUGUAAGCAUAUCCUACAUUUUGCAUGUGAUUUUCAGCAAACCUUUACCUUAUAAUUAUCUCCAAGUGCUACAGCACAUAUUGUCUAGAUUGCGUUGGUUUUAAGCAGUUAUUUCCCUCUGUUGAAAAUUAUAUUACAAAGCUUCUGUUUUAAAGCUUACAUUUUGCAUGAGAUUUUUGCCAAACUUGUACAGAACAAUUAUCUCAGAGGGGGUAAUCACAUGAUAGUCAAGGUGGCGACGUCCAUGUCGAGACAGUUAUUUUUCGCCGUUUUAUACCCUUUAUUACUCUUGUUUAAUUUUUAAACAACGCUCACUUUCCAGCCAUAUCAGUAAAAAAGUUUUUAGCGUUUAUUCGUAUUUAAAUUCGCUUUGUAUCGCGACUUUACUCCCCGCAAAUUUUCUUUGUGGAGCCCUAAUUAUUUCAUUCUGCUUAGAAAUUUCACACUGAGUAAAGUCGAGAUAUAGAGCAAAUAUUACUAUGAAAUAAACGCCAGUAACUUUCUUGCUAAUAUGGCUGGAAAGUGGGCGGAAUUUAAAAAAAAAAAAGUUAUUAAAGGAUAUAAAACGGCGAAAAAUACCGGCUUCGGCAUGGACGUUGCCAUCUGGAAAAUCAAGUGAUUCCCCCCUCUGAUCUGCAUAUGCUACAUCACAAUGUGUGAAGGUUUGCUGAUCUCACUUUUUUAUUAGCUCACCUGAUCACAAGGUGCUCAUGGUGAGCUUUUGUGAUCACCUUUUUCCAUUGGCCUUGGUCAACAUUUGCCAUGUUAAUACACUAGAGGCCACAUUUUUUGUCAAAUCUUCAUGAAACUUGGUCAGUUGAUAUCUUGCACUAGUUCGAAAAUGGUACUGUUUGGUUGAAAAUUAUGACUGCCAGGGGGCGGGGCAUUUUUCCUUAUAUGGCUAUAGUAAAACCUUGUUAGCAAUAUAGAAGUCAAUUUAAUCAACAUGAAACUUAGUCAGAACAUUUGUUCUAAUGAUAUUUGGGAAAUGAUAGAUAAUGAUUCUUGUUCGUUGAAAAACAUGGACGCCAGGGGGCUGGGCUUUUUAUGCCCCUGAAGGAGGGCAUAUAGUGAUCAGACCAUGCGUCUGGCCGUCUGUCUGUCAGUCUGUCCUUCCAUCUUAUUUUGCGUUUAGGUUUCGCGUUAAGGUUUUGAAAAAUGCUAAUAACUUCUAUGUCGCUUCCAGGGGACUGGGCUUUUUAUGCACCUGAAGGAGGGCAUAUAGUGAUCAGACCAUGCGUCUGGCUGUCUGUCUGUCUGUCAGUCUGUCCUUCCGUCACAUUUUGCGUUUAGGUUUCGCGUUAAGGUUUUGAAAAAUGCUCAUAACUUCUAUGUCGCUUCAGAUAGCAACUUGAUAUUUGGCAUGCAUGUGUAUCUCAUAGAGCUGCACAUUUUGAGUGGUGACUCUAGUUGUUAUUUUGGCCAAUAUUUAAAGUGGUUUCAGAAACAUCUCAAAAUUUUUUGAGAGCAGUUAAGUUCCUUGAUGUCUCGGGUGAGCGACGAUGGGCCUCUGACCCUCUUGUUGAAAGGAGUUAUAUCCCUUUGUUCUAAAUUACAUCUAAAAGUUUCUGUCACAAAUCCAACUUUAUUUUGCAUGCCGAUAUGCCAUUAAGUUAAACCUUUACAUAAUUAUUAUCUGCUAGUGCUGCACUGCAUAAUUUCAAUGUUUCACCAUUGGGUCAUUUGUUAAGCAGUUAUAGUCUUUUGUUAAAAUAUACAUCAAUCCACAGCCUAGUGAUUGCAAUUUUUUCUUUAACAUUUUUAUUUGCAAAUUAUUGUUCUACCCUUUCAACAUCAAUUCACCCGAGGUGAGAGAUGCACCACCUGAAAUACCGGUAUAUUUUGUUUUGCAAAAUAUUGUAUUAUUCAUUAAUUUAUCACACAAAAAAUCCAAUUUUUUUCAAGCUUCAAGUUCUGGUAUAAAUCUAUUAUACAAUUUAUUAUAAGUAAACUUUUAUUAUAUUUUUUGGAAGAAAUAAAAAAUAUAAACAUGUUUGAUUGGGUAAAAUAUAAGUAAUUUGUCUUCUUUUUUGUAUUUCUAGGAAGGCAGAUACUAUUUAAUAAUAUAGUGAACAUGUAUAAAAUUAUGUCUCAAUUUGUUUUGUUUGGUACAUCAAAAUAUUAGUAUGUGCAUAGAAAGUUUAUGUAUGAUGUAAAAAAGAGUCUAUCUUCAGAAUCAUUGUAACAAUUACAAAUCUAAAAUGGUAAUGCUUUGGUUAUAUAAGAUGGAAACAUGAGUUUAUGAGGUUUAAAUAUUGAAAUAUGUCUGAAAAUUUAAAACCUCAAUUUUCGUAUGCCCAUUUAAAAAAAAAGCGUAUUAUAGGAACACCUGUGGCUGAAGGUUUUCAGGUAAAUAAUUUCUGCUCAAUGUCUCAAAUAGAUUAAAUCAAAUCAUCAUUAAACUUUGUAAUUAAGUUUAUAGGGAUGAUACUUUCGCUAUGUUCGAUAACCAGCCAGAACACUUCAGAAUUAUGGCCCUUAAAUUGUGCAAAAAUUACCAAAAAAAUAAUCAAACUGAGUUUGUCUGUUCUCUAUAGUUUUCAUCAGAUCAUCAUACAAGCUUGUGGUUAUGUUUGCCAUUAUAUAAUCUCAACCAAGUUUGAUAAGUUGACAGGUUUGAUAAGUUGUGAAAGUGCAUAUAGCUCUUAUUGUCCCCUACCGGUUUUACCGGAGGGGACUUAUGGUUUGCGCUCUGUCUGUCUGUCAGUCAGUCACACUUUUCUGGAUCCUGCGAUAACUUUAAAAGUUCUUAAUAUUUUGCAUGAAACUUGAAACAUAGAUAGAUGACAAUAUGGACAUUAUGCACGUCAUUUCAUUUUGUUCCUACGUCAAAAAUUCUGGUUGCUAUGGCAACAAAUAGACUAGAAAUACUGCUGAAAAUGGUGGUUUUCUGGAUCCUGUGAUAACUUUAAAAGUUCUUAAUAUUUUGUCAUGAAACUUGAAACAUGGAUAGAUGGCAAUGUGGACAUUAUGCACAUCAUUUCAUUUUGUUCUUCGUAAAAAAAUCUGGUUGCUACAGAAACAAAUUUUUAAAAAAAUCUGACAAUGGUGGAAUUUCUGACAAUGGUGGAGUAGGGGAUUUUAUUGCUUGGCAAUAGUCUUGUUAACAAAGGUUCUUGAAAAAUCCACUAUUUGCCAUAUAAAUGUUUUCUGUUCUCAAAUCAGUGGUUUCCGAGUAAAAACUUCAAUAUUCAUUAAGCUUUCUUGAUCUUAUGUUAGAUAAUGGGCUUAAUUAGAAACUUGGCUUUGAAUUUGAUUUUUAGGCAAGUCAAGGUCAUUGUUUCUCAUUGUUUCUUUGAGUAUAAAUAUUAUAUCUGCUCAAAUACUUGAAAUUGGUUUGCUGUAUUGCAAUGCAAUUGUGUGUGUUUGAUGUUUUCCUGGAGACUUAACUAAAGAUUUGCACAAUUUAUUUUAUUUAAUUAUAUAAAUAUGUUAAAUCGUUCAAGACCUGGUUUCAUGGCAUGGCCUUGUUAUUUUAUUAUUUUCUGGGCCAUAAUUUCUAAAACAAAUUAAUCCUUCACAAAUCAAUAUUCUCCAGAUCUUUUAACGGGCUUAAUUUGUGAUUUGCUGGCACUCUGUUCAUAUUAAUUGUACUCAUGCCUGCCAUUCAUUUUAUUUAACAACUAAAUAGAAUAUAACAAAACUAAUGUUGGUAAAGAGAUUCUGUCUCUUUUUGCCAUAAUGAUUUGUUUACAUUUUUGGUAACAUCUACAAUAAACACACAAGUUAGCUAAUAGUUAUUUAAGUCAUGUUGUUUUAUGUAUAUUUUGUAUAAGACAGGAUUAGUUUAACCAAAAUGUCUGGGUUUUUUACAUUGUAUGAUUAUUAUUUUGCCUAAUUGUGUACAUUUUGUCUCUGUUUUCAUUUUUAACAAUGUAGAUCAUUGUACAUUUUUGAGAUUUUUAUCACAUACAGGCCUGAUUAAAUAUUGAUUUUAAACGAUAUUUAAGCAAUGGUGUAAAUAAUAUCCAAGAAAUUAGAGCACUUAAAUCAAGUAUAAAUACUUAAAUUGUUUACGAGUCACUGAUGAGUCAUUGCUUUUGUCAUUUUUCCAUGAUUAUUAUUCAGUUACAUUGAGCUAAUUUUAGUUGCACUUGUCACAAAUUGAAUUGAAUUAAUUGGAUGAAGUUCAUUCUGUUGCAAAAUAUGUUAAACAUAUACAUCUUAUUUGUAUACCACACACCUAUCAAUAUAACUCAUGUUAGUUUUAAUUAAUUUGAAUCAGAUGCAUUAUUAUGCCUUUGAUUAUUAUACAGGUAUCAAGUAUUCUUUCGUAAUUUCACCAUGAUAAAGUGUUAGUUCUAAAUAGAUCAAUUGAUUCAGUAAAUGUAAUUGAAAAAGAAGGUAAAUAAAUUAGUUAUCAGCUGUAUUUGUCAUUUUUGAUACAGCAUUUUGUUGUUUAAUGUCAAUAAUAUGUAACACAUACACAAAUCAUUUUUAAUACACAUAUUUGACCCAAUUAACUUUUUUUAUAUCAUAAUUGUGUAAUUUUUGUUUUGCAUUUCUUGUUUUAUUAUUCUGCCAUUAAAUUGUUAAUGAUCUAAACACACACACAGCUCCUGUCAUUGACAAAUUGUCGAACUAGGGCCAUUUGUACAAAGUUUAGAAAACUCUUGUUCUGCACUUCCUUUCAUUAACAUUGUAACUAUACCAUUGCUACUGAACUAUGAUACUUCAAAAAAUAAAUUCUGAUGACAUUUA